CGCACCGAGGGAAGAGGACGGGUCUAACAAAAUUUCAAGCAUCUAUACCAAGAUGUACACACCUACAUGCAACUUACAUACGACCUACAUACGAUCUACAUAGUGUAGGUACGACAUCCGAUAUCCUAAAGGGGGGUAGUAAGGAUGAGCUAAGUAACAGGAUGGGACUAUCCCAGCCUUCUCAAGUUACCCAUCCGCCCAUUAGCCUAGGCACAUUUAUUACUACAUGAAAUCUACACUAGCACCUAGCACACCAGGUAACUGGUUUCGCAGCCAUGGCGUCAUCGUUCGUCGUCCAAAUGCUGCGAGAAAUCGAGAUGGGGGAUCUUCCUGAUACAUUUACUCGACACACCCUCCUUUUUCCCAUGGAUUCCUCCUAUCUACUUCUUUUUACUCGUCUUUCUUUAGUUCCCGCGCCCGUCAAACCCUAUUCUAGCUUUUGAGCUUGUCGGUGGCGAUAUCGACGAAAAGGUUCCAGAUACCUGGGUAUAAGCCAUUGAACGCCAAAGAUCACACUAAGGGACAGAAAUCCAUUUAUAUCUACUCAGGUACUCACUUACCUGCACAAUGGCGCCUACACCGGCUUCCGAUAGCUCAUCUUCUAUUGGGAACAUCCUAGCUCGCGAACUCGAGCACAUCAACCCUACACGAACCAUCCCAGAUGCUAUAACCCGCGUCCUAGCCGCGCGACAACAAGGCACGACAACCGUCGUCGCGCAAAGCAACGGCGAGUCCAGCCAGACGUUAUCCGGUGGCGCUAUCGCGGGUAUCGUCAUCGGAUCUAUCGCGGGUUUCCUAAUCAUACUCUGGAUCAUCCGAUCAUGUGUCAAUUAUCGUAAUCCAGGGGCUUGGGGCACGACGUUUGAACCGGAUAAUGAGAAGCCGCCUUCGUCGCAUUAUUAUGGGCCUUCGACUAGGUAUCCGAGGGAAACGCAUGGUCAUCGCUCGCGUUCGAGACAUUCGCAUCGGAGUCAUCAUCGGAGUCCUAGGCGGACGGAGGUUGUUAAUGUUACGAGACCGGUGUAUAUGGAGCCCCAGAGGGGAAGAAGUCCCCGCGCGCCGCCUGCGGCGUAUUAUGGUGAUGGGAGGGAUGUUAGGAGGUCGAGUGAUGGACGGAGACGGUCUAGGGGGUAUUAGAUGGGGUGGUGGAGCGAAGAUGGAGUGGGAGUGGUGAGGGAUGGUGAUGCUGAUUGUGAUGAUGCAUGAUCUCACGCUUGGUGAAAGAAAGAACGGUACAAACAUCGGUGGUACUGCUGUCGGCAAAAACACUUGUGGGGGGUCUUUCUAGAGUGAAAUGAAUAUUAGUAAUGUCAUGAUAAUUGUAUGAGUUAUACGAAAUAACGGAUAGGUAUCUGCUUUAUAGCAUUUU